CAAAAUUCUCGUACAAAAGCGUACGAGAUCCAACUUUACCUCGUACAACGUACACAGGUUCUAAAUUCUCGUACAAAUACGAGAAUUCUCGUACGUCUGGCAACACUGCGCAGGAGUCCGUGCGGAGAGGGGAUGGCCCUUCCUGAAGGCGCAGGAGGGGAAGUUGUUGGACGAUAACGCGCGCUUAUCUGCGCGAGGUUCCAAACUGACGUCCUGGUAAUUUAAUAUAGCCGUUGUCAUUCAGAGCGCCAGUAGAAGCUGUUGGGUCGAUUUAUUCUGUUAAUAUUUCCUUCCCGGGAUUUGUAAAUUUAUUUGCCUUUAGCGUGCGGUAAAACGUGUUGUUUUAAAACGUCACAAAAAUGGAAGAGAAACGAGACAAGAGAAUUGGCAAGUCGGGACAUUUAUGGUUAAGUGCUCGACGAAAGAAAAGAAAAGCAACGGCGGCGAUCGCAUACCAGCAAGAAAGGAAAAAGAAAAGACUUCAAGAACACUCGAAAAUUCCAGAGGAGAAUACUUCGACAGUAAUCAAUAAGGGAAACGAGGAAUGGUCGGCACCUUCUACAAGUCGUAGUGAAAGCGGAAUUCUCAAUUUGAUAACUGGAACAAAAAUCUUGCAGUACGAAGAGAAUCAUCAUAACAGUCAAGAUGUAGAUCUGCAGGAAGUACUUUCUGAAAAGCCCGUGACACAAACAAUAGUUCGAGACAACCUGAAUUCCAAAUCAUAUACUUGUCUACAGCCAGUUUCGAUACUACACGAGUCUGGAUGCACAUCCUGGGAAAGACAUGAAGAUGUUGCGGAAUUACAAUGCCCAGCUAGUGUCCCAACAUGUGGUGUCUCCGAAGCACCUCAGAAUACACAAGAGUGCUCUGGUAUGUCGGCGUGCCAUGUAGAGCAGUGCGGGGGUUUGCAUAGCAGUUCAGAAGAUCUUGAAAAGGAGACGCCUGUAUCCACAGUGAUCAUUACCAACAAAGCACAUGUCAACAAUGAUAAUGAAAAAUCACUCGAAGGAAAUCGUAUAGUGGACAUUUCAUUUAUCUUAACCUCUUUUAGCCUGAAAUAUGCAAAUGUGCAAGGAAAAAAUAUUUUUGUAGAAAAAUGACCUUAAAUAUGUAUUCAAAGACACAGGAAACUAUGACAUAUUUUAUUUCGUUGUUGUAAAAAAUUUAUUAGGUUUGUUGCAAAAAUGCAACAGUAGGCACUAAAGGAAAAUAAUAAUUAUUUUUAGAAUAAUACAUUUAAUUAUUUACUGUUUGUAGGCUUACAUUAUAAAAGUUAAAUAGCAUAAAAAAAUCUUACAAAUUCAAAGUGCUCAAACAAAUCACUUAUUUAAAGUUCUCACAAUGACAUGACCUGCACAACAACUUUAUUUUUUAGAAAUACACAUGUAAUUAAACUUUUUAUACGAUCAACAUGUUAUAAUUUUCAUACCUAAGGAAAACUAAAUAACAACAUAUAGAGAAAUGCCAAACAUGUAAAAAUUAAUAAAUAAUAAUUCCCCUGAUAAGACAAAUCUGCUGAUAAGGUUAUAUGAUCAUAUACCAACCAAUUUGAAAAUAGUAAGAAUAUGACAGGUUUUUCUACAUGUAGAUUUUCUGAGCAUUCAUAUGUGGAAUUUGACGAAGCAAUUCUUAUUCUUCUUCAAACACAAAUGAACACUACAUUUUGAGCACUUCACUGUAGUGAUACCAGUGCAGCCAGGAAGUUUGCAACGUUGCCUCGAAUCCACAAUAGCAGGCCAAUGUGCAAUACCAUCUCGCCGAACACUGAACUCAGGAAUUGGUUUUGCAGGUCCUCACAUUUUUUUCUCUCGUGCAUUUCAUCAACAUUGGUACUGGAGGGUCUUCCUCUUUUCUUUUCAGUGGGGUCUUUUCCCUGUGAACACGAUGCUGCAGAGUCAUCAGUCUUGAACUGCAAGAGGUCAGAAGUGAUUUUCUUUGGAAAGUUUUGCAAGUUGCAGUCUCUUCGGUAUAGCAACCAACUGUUCACCAAUGCUACAUCUACGAAAUGGAAAAUCAGUUUUUGGUAAUACUUCUUAGAUCGUAUGUUGAUUCUGUAAUAUGACACUAAACCAUCCAGCAGAUAUACACCCCCCAUGAACUUAUUGUAGGUCAAAACAGCCCUAGGGCAUGAAAUUUCAACUUUGCUUUUAGAUUUUUGUCAUAUCGCUUCACAGUGGAUGUUUGUUGGGCUCUAUCGAACGUAGUAGCUAGUGAAACACCUCUGUUGUCAAACCACUUUACGACCCGAACUUCUACUCCAUCACCAUCCGUUGCUGUUUCUAUCAUUGAGCCUUUCCCAGUUUUCUUCAUCUCCGCAUCAGUUGGUAAAUCUAGCCCAGGAAAUAUGUUGGUUCUUAUGGUGCCUAGGGCACAUAUUCGCAUUCCAGCUAAUACAGUGAAUAACUUCAAUGAAGAAAACCAGUUGUCAAAAAAAGCAAAAAGUUCUGGUGCUUUGGAAUGCUCUCGACUAAUCUCAGUACAAUAUUUGAACUGGCCCCAAUAUCAGGCAAUCCAGGAACAGGUUCAAUAUUUCCACAAUAGAUUUCAAAAUCACGAACUAAGCCUUUUGUGUCACAAAGAGUAAAAAUUUUGUAACCCCACUUGUGGUUUUUUUCCGGGUUGUAUUGUUUCAGUCUUGACAUUCCCUCGAAUGGGACAAUUUGUUCAUACACACAAUGAUCCUGUUCUUUGGGAACAGACUGAAAUUUUACCACCAUUUUUCCUUUGCCUUUUAUUUCUGCUCUCCUCAUUGUAAACCUGCAAUCCAUGGAUACAAUUGUACAGUUAUCAUAAAUCAACAAAAGUGUAUAAAAAACAUUUUGAAAAUCAUUUACAUACACUGUAGAAAAAAAGGUUAGUGUGUGAAAAUAUAAUAAACUUGCAUUGUAUCAAUAAUUAUGUAUGUAAUAUUGUAUAAACAAUAUAAUUAGACUCAAAUAAUCUUUACAAAUCAUUAUAGAAUGCAAAAGAAAAAAAUUCAGAAAGACCUAUUGUUAUCUCAAAAAUUUCUAUUAGUGCCUAUUGUUGCAAAUUCGCAACAAACUGAAAUGUACAUAUAAAUAUUACUAGAAUUAUAUCAAGGUUCAUGUCAAUGCAUGCAUAAUCAAAAAUAAGCCUAACAAAGAUAUUCUAUAAUUUUUAGUAAAUAGUUUACCUUUAGGAUGGAUGUUAUAAUGUAUACAUUCGAGCUUCACCAUUGAUGCACUGCAAUCACGUGAUUAGUGAAAAGAAUAAAGCUUUCUUUUGUUUUUAUUUCACUAAAAUAAAAAUAAAUCCAUAGAUAAAUAAAUGCCAACAUUUAAACAAACUAAAAAUACCAGGAAUGUAGCAGCACAUAGAGAAAACAAUAUUUAAAAAAAUAAAAAAGGGUAUGUUGCAAAAAUGCAACACCAGGCUAAAAGAGGUUAAGGAAGAUGACCGAACUUGGAAACCACAAUCCUGAUUUUGGAUGUUCGUUGAAUAACUUAAAAUGCGUAAAUGAAAUUCGUCAUGGUCUUUGGUCUGUUAUCGUUUUAGAAUGCAACAUGUGUAACGGAAAAUUUUCUAUUCAGACUCAAGAUCCUGAUACUUCAUCAUCACAUAUGGACAUAAAUUCUAGAGCUGUUGCUGGAAUUAUGAGUGUGGGAGGUGGCUUUUCGCAUCUGCAAGAAAUAUGUGCUAGCAUAGGAAUGCCGAGCAUGUAUUCGAAAACAUACUCAGUAAUACACGAUAAAAUUUGCGAUGGCUGGGAAAAGGCAGCCAUAAAAGAAAUGCAGGAUGCAGCAAAGGAAGAAGCAGAGCUAGCAGUAGAAAGAGGCGAUGUGGAUGAAAAUGGUACUCCCCUUUUAACUGUUGCAGUUGAUGGUUGUUGGUCGAAGAGAUCCUACAGAACCCAUUAUAAUGCACCCUCUGGAGUAGCAGCAAUAGUGGGAUUCUACACGAAAAAGGUUUUGUUCAUGUCAGUACGGAACAAGUUUUGUUACGUAUGUGCACGAAGUACAAGUGGAGAGGACAUUCCCAAGCAUGCCUGCUACAAAAUUUGGUCGGGAAGCUCCACUAGUAUGGAAGCAAAUAUUAUACUAGAAGGAUUUCAACAGAGUGAGGCGCUCUACAACGUGAAGUACAGUAAAAUGAUUGCUGAUGGUGACAGUAGCUGUUAUAAAAAGAUAUUGGAGGCACGACCAUAUGCAAAUCUAACUGUUGAAAAAAUAGAGUGCCGAAAUCAUCUUCUACGAAAUUAUUGUACCAAACUGAGGAACUUGUCAGAACAGCACAGGAUUGGUUCUUCAUCGCAAAGGAAAUUAUUACUUCAAAAAAUUUUGAAACUACGAAGGGCAGUGACCGAAGCUGUGAAACAUCGCAAGUCGGAAGAAAUGUCACUCCGUGAAAAAAUAGCUCUCCUUCAAGCCGACAUUUUGAAUGGACCAAGCCAUGUCUUUGGUGAUCAUAGUAAGUGUUGUCAGUAUUUUUGUUCGGGUCCUAAGGAAGGUGAGAAAAAUAUUGUGCCUGAACUGAAAAUGAGUGAGUUGUACGAACACAUUAUGAAAGCUGUUAAGUAUUUAGCAUAUAAUUCAAGGAGCUUAAUUCAUGAUGUCGAUAGCAAUGUUGUCGAACAGUUCAACUCGAUAAUAGCCAAAAUUGUUGGAGGCAAGAGAAUCAACUAUGCGCUAAAGAGAUCUUAUCAGGGAAGAUGCUCCGCUGCAGUUGUUUCUCACAACACCAAAAAGCCACAUUACGUACUACACAAAACAUUGUGUGACGGUUUCAGCCCAAACAAGUUUGUCAAGAAAUUGGAGCUGUCUCGGUUAAGGAAAAGAGAAGAAACAGGUUCCAAAGGAAAGCGUGUGAAAUGCGCUAUCAUUAUGAAAAGAAGCAAAUCUGAAAACCCCUCAGGUUUAGGAGAUGCUAACUAUGGUCCGAACUGUGAACGGCCAGAUAUGACCCCCGAUCUUUUUCAAGUAGAAAAAAAAAAUCUACUGAAGUCACUGGAAAAAACUGUUGAAGAACGCAGAGAAAUUGAGAGGGCAACACUUCUUCAAGCAGGUAGUGGUGAAUGGCUGGAACGGAGGCGCAAAAUGCUGACAGCUUCCAAAUUUGGUCGAAUUUGUCGCCGACGUGCUACUACAAGUUGCAAAGCCUUGGUUAAAAACAUCAUAUACUCAUCGAGUAUUUCAAGUGUUCCAGCUAUUGCAUAUGGAAAAAAGAACGAAUCGAUUGCUCUUGAGCAGCUUGAAAGGCAAGAGAAUUUAGUAAUCCAACAAUGUGGCCUUUUCAUAGAUGAACAACUUCCAUUCCUUGGAGCAACUCCAGAUGGCUUGAUUGGGGAGCAUGGUCUUGUAGAAAUCAAAUGCCCGUCGUCUGCAGCAGGUAUCGAUGUAGAUAAAGCAGUUUCAGAUGGUAAAUUAGGUUAUCUGAUGUGCAACGACCAAAACAAAGUUACACGCUUGAAAACAAAUCAUGACUAUUAUUAUCAAGUACAGGGACAGCUACACAUCACAAACAGAAAAUUUGCUCUUUUCGCCAUUUGGACAUCAAAAGAUAUUCCCAUUAAAGUUGUUACUGUACAAAAAGAUGAUCAAUUUUGGAAAGAAAAAAUGGAGAAACAGUUGACCAGGUUCUAUUUUGACUGCAUGGUUCCAGAACUGGUAGACCCUCGUUAUACCAGAAACAUGGAAAUCAGAGAUCCAGAGUAUAUUAGGCAUAUUCCAUGCAAAAAGAAAGGAAAAGUGUCUGCCUCGAAGAACUCAAAAGACAUAAUAAUGCAAUGAAUUUUAUAGUUUCCUGUUUCCUGUACUUCCCUUUCAUGCUCAGAUUUAUCUGAAACGAUCAUGAGUGAGCUGAUGGAUAAAUCAUUUGUUAUUUGUGUGUAUAAGAACAUAUGGUCAUGCUAUGAAAAAUUUGUCAUGUAUUUUAAUUAUUACCGUAUUUUGUAAUUCAUAUGUAAUAGCCAGUAGUCUUUUUAUAACAUUUCUUGCAUACAUUUAAUAGUCUUCUUGUUCUUGUUACUAGGGGGGCCGCGGUGGUGUAGGGGUCAGACAUCUUGCCUAACACCUAUGCGAUCUGGGUUAGAUCCUCGGCGGAUCCGGUCCGGGAUUUUCACAUGCGGGAAACGUGGUAUACGUUGCCGUUGGCCGGCGGGUUUUCUCGGUGUACUCCCGUUUCUCCCGCAUUUUCGCAUUCUGUCACUUCUCAAUUGUAGAGCAUCACUUCAUGUCAUCCUUCAGGGCUCGCGGAUAUCUACGGGAGCACACUAAGAAAUUCUCUGCUCCUGGGUCUGAUACCCUGCCCUCGGGUACCCUCCCCAUACGCCAUUUAAUUAUUAUGCAUUCUUGUUACUAUAAUUAAUUAGCAAUAAUCUAACUUUGUUUGUUGGAAAAAAUUGCUAAACAUCUGCUUAUGGAUUUGUACUUACCAGUGAAUAAGUGCUGUGAUUUACAAUGUUAUUUCUUUGAAAUUGUCUCCCAUAUGUGUUAUUAUUUAUAUGGUAUGCUCUUGUAGGCUGUGCUGAUCUAUAUACAUUUCAUCCUCAAGACAGUUCUCCAUUACACGAAAAGCAUGGAGAGAGCACAGAUACUGUACAGAGCGAUUUUCACAAAGCCGAGAGACCAAAAUAUAAUUUUGCCUGUUUGGUUCUCAUUGCAAACAAAUGCUUGUUUGUUGCUUUUUAUGUAUUAGUAUUUUGAUAUAAAAGAAACAUAUUCUCUAUGUUGAGGCUAUGGAGCACGCUACGGUCUUUGCAUAUAAAUUCCAUAGAAUUUGUAACUGUUAAAAAAACUGGGUAAUAAUGCUGAGAAUUAUUGACUAGAAUUAUAAUUUUUGAAUGUGUGUUUAUAGAAGUGCUUAUUCAUAUUUGUAUAAUGUAAAUAGUAGAAUUUUGUUAUGCAGGUUGUUAUAAACAUGUGUUUUUUUUAAAAUGUUUUAAUUACAUUAAACAUCUAUGCCA